AUGACUCUUUCCAGCAAGGCAGACACUGUUGCGCGCUUCCGCGCCGAGGAUAAUGUGUUCAACACGGAUGACUUCAAACACGCGUUGGGCAUCAUCGUCAACCUUGGCAAUCCCCCCAGCGCCAAGAGCGCGGAUGGCGUCUACUGGCUCUUCGAGCUCGCUUUCCACUGUAAGAAGGUCCUCUGGGAUGACUGGAUCGCCAGCAGUCAGAGUGACGCUUUUCGGGAGUUCACAGAAAGCGAUAGGUUUCGUCAAGCUCAAGGCCUGCUCGUGAAGGUGCUGGACAUGGAUGGGGAUGGCAAGAUCACCCCGAAGGACUUUCAGAUCAUGUACGAUACCCAGCUUACUCCUGCCCUUGACCGCAGGCAGGGCAUCCUCAACAAAUGGCUGCCGUUCACCGGACAGUGUGUCUUCGGUUUUGUAGUGGGCCUCGACAUAGGGACGCGGGCGCUCAACGCCUACAAGGGCAAGUACUGGAUUGCUGGCACCGGCAUCCUCGCGUAUACCUGUGUGCAGUCUCUAGCACAGCAGAACAGUCUAAAUCGAAAUGCCCUGGAAAACGUCUUCCGGGAGAAGGUGCGUCAGUUGAUGGACGUGAACGGGGAUGGUGAGAUUAACCUGAAGGACAUCAACGCCCUCGUGGAAAACCCCAUGUGCUUCAUGGCAACAAAGCUAGGCCUCGGAGGCUUCGCGCCAGGAGCGGCCGGAUACGCAUCCCUCGCACUAGGUUUUCUGCUCGGCGUUCGUGUCAUCUAA